AUGGCAAAAUUUAAGCAUGCAAUUGCUGCAUUGGCAGUGUAUCUGGUCACCACCACUGCCGUCAUAUUCAAGCCCCAGAAUGAGUUUAAAGCUCUAUCUGCGGAAAACACAUCCUUCGCGGUCGAUUUGCAGCCAUGGUUCAAUAAUCGGGCUUUUGGUUUGAAACCGAAUGACUCGAGUUUUGACGGCAAAGGAAAUUCGUACCCCGCAGCACAAAUGCCACCUGAGACGUUUGCAUAUGGAGGAAUCAAUUAUAAAUUCUCCUCCUACAAUGCCACGGGCUUUGACAAUAUCCUUGUCAAAGGACAAACCAUCGAUAUCCCCCGGGGGAAAUAUUUCAGUUAUCAGAUGCUGGCGGCUUCCGAGUCCGGAAUGGCCUCUGGCUCAGUGACAGCAAAGUACGCUGAUGGCAGCUCCACGGACGGGCCGCUUCUAGUUCCUGCUUGGUGGAGUUGGCCUUACCCUGCUGGAGGUGACCUGGUCUUCUCUUGCUAUCUGACGGAGAAAGAGACGAACUACAAUAGAUCCAACGUCUUUCAGACAGUAAACUGGCUUGAUUCGUCUAAAGAGCUUGUUUCACUUACAUUCCCGAACAGCUCGUCUGGAUCAUCGACGUCCCCUGGGGGAUCAUCAGUUGACACGAAGCUGCAUGUCUUUGCUCUGUCAAUGUUACCGGUGAAAAAGGUUGACACCGGAUCCGCAAGACUGGAGAUACAGUAUGCGCGCUCCACGCAGAAAUGGAUGGAGGGAACUGACAAGGAGCAAAUUAUCGAAGUUAUCAUCAAUAACGUCGGUUCCGAGUUUGUGCGUCGCAAUCAUAAUGUCAGAGUGCGUGUCGAUUCCCCGGGUCUGGAAACCGUCACCGAGGGUAUCAUCAAACGAUUGGGACCUGGUGACCAAGCAAUCGUUGAGAUAGGCGUCCGAAAUUGCAAAGGAGUCAAGGCUGGAAAAUCCGGUCCAGCGACGGUUGUGAUCAAAGGCCAACACGCCUCUCCUUCAAAAUACACAUUCAUUGCGACCUAUGGCAUCAGUCAAUAUGAAGCGACCUAUGAGUCAAUCUACAGUCACGAAUCACCGAACUGGUACAACAAUGCAAAGUAUGGUAUUUUCAUUCACUGGGGAAUAUACUCUGUCCCUGGCUGGGGAAACGUGGGCUCUAAAGAAGGCUAUGCUGAAUGGUACUGGUGGUCGAUGAACGAGGGACCGAACAACGGAACCGAUACAUAUGAUUAUCAUCUCAAGACAUACGGGAAAGAUCUUGUCUAUGAUGACUUUAUCCGGAACUUCACUGCAAGCGCAUGGGAUCCGAAGGAGUGGGUAGACUUGUUUGCUGAUGCUGGUGCCAACUAUUUCGUCCAAGUCAGCAAGCACCAUGACGGAUAUACUUUGUUCGACCUCCCAGAGAAUGUAACAAAGAGAACUUCGGUUGCCUUGAGUCCCCAUCGAAACCUGGUCAAGGAACUGUUCGAUGCUUCGAAGAAGUAUCAACCGCAUCUCCACCGCGCCGUGUACUACUCUUUGCCAGAGUGGUUCCAUCCCGAUUACAAGAAAUAUGGAUUCAGCAUUUGGCCUGGAGGCAAUGCGACCAAUCCGUUUAUCAACGAGUCUCUCCCCUACACAGGCUAUGUUCCUCUCACAGACUAUGUCACCGAUAAGAUUGUGCCGGAGAUGGACACCCUCGCAGAGAUGGGUACGGAGAUUAUGUGGUGUGACAUUGGGGGUCCGAACCGCACCACUGAAUUUGCAAGCGCAUGGUUCAACAAGGCCGCAGAGCAAAAUCGACAGGUGGUCAUGAACGCCCGUUGCGGUCUCCCUGGCGAUUUCGAUACCCCGGAGUAUGCCCGUUACAAUGGUGUCCAGGUCCGCAAGUGGGAGAGUAAUUUAGGAAUGGACCCAUUCAGCUACGGUUAUAAUCGAGCCACACCGCUGGCCAGCUACCUGAAUGCCAGCUCUAUCGUCACCAGUCUUAUUGAUAUUAUCAGCAAGAACGGGAACUUCUUGUUGGACGUUGGACCAACCGCUAACGGUACGAUUGUGGACAUCGAGCAACAGCAUCUUCGCCAAGCUGGUCUUUGGAUCAAGAGCCACGCGGAGGCCAUUUUCAAUACGACCUAUUGGUUUGUAACUCCCGAAGAAGGGGAGAAUAUUCGCUUCACCAUUUCACCAGAUGCGUUUUAUAUCCAUUCCCUGGUGAAGCCUAGCAGCACUCUGACUUUGUCAAGUCCCAUUCCAUGGGUCGAUGGAGAUUCGGUAACGGUAGUUGGGGGCAAGAUGCAUGGCACUGUUGUCCCAGUCCAUAGACUGAACAAUGGCUCCAUCGCCUUGAUUGUGAGCAAAGAGGUCUCGGCUGGUGAUCAAUAUGCAUGGGUGUUCAAGAUUCCUUAUUGA